ACUCCCUCACCUUAACCCUUCCUGGCCCGGCUGGGAGAGAGAGUUUGUCCCUUUGGCCUCUCCCUCCUCUUCCUCCUCCUUCUUCUCAUCCUUCUCCUUCUGAAAGAAAAUGUGAUUGUUGGCUGAGAAUUUUGUAGUAGAGCCUGUUCAUGGAUUUCUUUCCCUUUAAAGAAGAGGGAGGAAAGGCAUCUUGGAUCCAAUUUGCUUCUCCAUCAGACAGUGGUUACAACAUGGAGAGACCCAAUUCACCUGGACCAGAAGCAGGCAGGACCCCCGGGAGCAAUGAGGAAAUCUGGGAAAUAACUACGGAGAUGUUCCUAAAUACGCACAUACAGCGCCAGCGCUUCAGGCAGUCCUCCUACCGAGAGGGUGAGGGACCCAGAGAGGUUUGCAGCCGCCUCCACGAUCUCUGCCGCCAGUGGCUGAAGCCAGAGCAACACACCAAGGCUGAGAUGCUGGACCUGGUGAUCCUGGAGCAGUUCCUGAGCCUCCUGCCCCCAGAGAUGGGGAGCUGGGUCCGAGAGUGUGGGGCAGAGACCUCUUCCCAGGCGGUGGCCCUGGCGGAAGGCUUCCUCCUGAGUCGGGCAGAGGACAAGAGGCAGGAAGAACAGGCCCAAACUAACUGUUCAGAAGUCCAGUCUAAUGUCCCUGCAUCAGAGAAAUCUCCUUCAGACACCAUCCAGAGGCUCCAACAGAAAGACCUCAAGCAGGAAGGAGAUGGAGCUGCAGCCUUGCAGGGGGCUGGAAUGAUGUUGUCGGCAAAUGCACAGUCGUUUCUUCCGCUUUGUGAUGGAGUGGAAGUGAAUCAGGGCCCAAUCGCCUAUGAGGACGUGGCUGUCCAUUUCUCCCCGGAGGAAUGGGUGACUCUGAAUCCUGAUCAGAAAGUCUUGCACAUGCAGAUCAUGGAGGAGAUUCAUGGGAUUGUGGACUCUCUUGCAGAUAACUGGAAGAAGAGCAAUGUAUACACCAAACAUUUUGGGCAUAAUGGGGGACUUCCUAGACACCAGGAAACCCACAGAGAAGAUGGAAGUUCUGCCACAGAAAGGCCCUACAAAUGCAAUGUAUGUGGGCAAUGUUUUACCGAAAAUAUGGCACUUCUGCUUCACAAGACACUCUAUGCUGGAAAAUGUGAUCUUAAAUGUAUAGUAUCAGAAGAAUGUGUGGUUGAUUACAAAUUGCCACAUCUGAGCCAACAAGAAAUCUUUGAAGGAACCGAUGAUUUCAUAAACCAGGAGUGGGGAAAAUAUUUUCUCCAGAGUUCACACUUGGUGAAACACGAAGGAUUUCACACAGGACAGGAACCGUACACAGGCCAGGAGUGUGGGAAAGGUUUUGCUCAGAAUACAUAUCUUCUAGAUCAGUGGAGAUCCAACACAGGAGAGAAGCCAUACCAAUGUCAGGAGUGUGGGAAAUGUUUUGCUUACAGUUCAUGCUUAGUGAGGCACAAAAGACUCCACACAGGAGAGAAGCCACACCAAUGCCAGGAGUGUGGAGAUUGUUUUGCUCGCAGUUCACUCUUGGUGAGGCACAAAAGACUGCACACAGGAGAGAAACCAUACCAGUGCCAGGAGUGUGGAAAAUGUUUUGUUGACAGUUCAGCCUUGGUGAGCCACAAAAGACUUCACACAGGAGAGAAGCCAUACCAAUGCCAGGAAUGUGGGAAAUGUUUUGCUCACAGUUCAAACUUGGUGAGUCACAAAAGAUUUCACACAGGAGAGAAACCAUAUCAAUGCCAGGAGUGUGGGAAAUGUUUUGCUUCCAGUUCACAAUUGAUGAGCCACAAAAGACUUCACACAGGAGAGAAGCCAUACCAAUGCCAGGAGUGUGGAGAAUGUUUUGCUCGCAGUUCACUCUUGGUGAGGCAUAAAAGACUCCACACAGGAGAGAAGCCUUACCAAUGCCAGGAGUGUGGGAAAUGUUUUGCUGACAGUUCAGCCUUGGUGAUCCACAAAAGACUCCACACAGGAGAGAAACCAUACCAAUGCCAGGAAUGUGGGAAAUGUUUUGCUCGCAGUUCAAACUUGGUAGGUCACAAAAAACUCCACACAGGAGAGAAGCCUUAUCAGUGCCAGAAGUGUGGGAAAUGUUUUGCUCGCAGUUCACAAUUGGUGAGCCACGAAAGACUUCACACAGGAGAGAAGCCACACCAAUGCCAAGAGUGUGGAGAAUAUUUUGCUAGCAGUUCACUCCUGGUGAGGCACAAAAGACUCCACACAGGAGAGAAACCAUACCAAUGUCAGGAGUGUGGGAAAUGUUUUGCUGACAGUUCGGCCUUGGUGAGCCACAAAAGACUCCACACGGGAGAGAAGCCAUACCAAUGCCAGGAGUGUGGGAAAUGUUUUGCUCGCAGUUCACAGUUGGUGAGGCACAAAAGACUCCACACAGGAGAGAAACCAUACCAGUGCCAGGAGUGUGGGAAAUGUUUUGCUUCCAGUUCACAGCUGGUGAGCCACAAAAGACUCCACACAGGAGAGAAACCAUAUCAAUGCCAGGAUUGUGGGAAAUGUUUUGCUUACAGUUCACUCUUCGUGAGCCACAAAAGACUCCACACAGGAGAGAAACCAUACCAGUGCCAGGAGUGUGGGAAAUGUUUUGCUCGCAGUUCACAAUUGGUGAGGCACAAAAGUGUCCACACAGGAGAGAAACCUUACAAAUGCCAAGUGUGUGAAAAAUAUUAUUCUUGCAAGUCAUCACUUCUAAGACACCAGGGCAUCCACAAUACCAAUGCCAGGGGUAUGGGAAUGUUUUACUCAGAGUUCAUCCCUUGUGAGCCACCAGAGAAUUCAUAGAAGAGAAGACUCAUCCAAAGAAGUUGGGACAAAAGUAACAAAAUGCAUUGUAACAGGGAAAUUGCAGGUUGCGGACAUUCUGGUGCUGUAAACUAUACAUGCAACACUUCCCAAUGAACAAGUGUGAUUCCCUUGGCUUCAGGUAGCAGUUAUCAUGACUUUGGAGUGAUUUCUUAGACAAUUCUCUUCUUGGUUUUCUUGCUUGUUUGACUUGGGACUGUUUUGGAGAACUCUUUUGCUUCUUUGGACAUGGGCAUUGCCAUGGGACUGGAUUGGCUUUCCUCUGUUCAGGUUUUGUGGUAAACAGAUGGUUUCAAAUAGGACCAUUUAAGAAGUUCUGCCUAAGAUUUGGUAGAGUCCACUUUCUUGUCCUUUGAAUUUGUAAGUUGAUGUCUUCUUCUCUGGAACAGCAGAAAGGAAGCUCCCCGUGACAGUCCUUCAGAUGGUUAAAUAUGAUUCUUCAGAGGAUUAAAUAUGAUUGUCAUGUCCCUUAUUUGAAAAAGAAACCAUAUGUCAUUCCAUCAGUUGUCCCUCUGGGCUUAGUUUCCAGCUCCUUUACCAACUUGGUUGCAAAUUUCCAGUUUAGAAAUGUUUUUCAGCUGGGAUUCCAGAAUUGAACACAGGACUUCUGUUGAGGCCAAACCAAAGGAAAAGAUGCUUGCACUAUUAUUUCGCUUGAUGUGCAAAUUGUAACACUGGCUAGCAUUUACUGACUGUUUCCCUGCUCCCUGGCACACACACUUUUAAUCCACAUUGAAUAGGAAAACAUGAGCCUUGUUGUUAUUUUAGAAUUAACAAUGUUAUAUAUCAUUGAUUUUGUUAUAGACUGAGAAUUUGCUCCAUUUUGCAAAAUGUAAGUCCCUGAUGAAGGAAAUAAGUUUGUCUGUGCAAAGCAGGCAUGGGCAAACUUCGGCCCUCCAGGUGUUUUUGAACUUCAAGUCCCACAGUUCUUAACAGUCGUUAAUCAAAUGGGGAAAGACUAUUGCAAAAAGUAUCCCGGGCACCGGUAGCUACUGCCGGGUUUCGUCAGUCCAGCGACCGUUCACAUAGCUUAUUUAUUGAAUUGCAGACCCUCACUACCCAUGGAACUCUCCGCUGCGGAACUGUGUUUUAUUAAUUUAUUAUUUUGACCCGUUGGGGGGUGGAGUUGGUGCUCGACAACAGAGUCAUUCUGGAGAACUAAAAAAUGUCAUGUCAUGAAUACUUUUUGAACCUUAAAAAUGUUCCUUAAUCCGUUUUCAGUGAGAUGGAGUGCAGCAGGCUCUUUCAGUGAAAGAAAUAGGCACACAGAACCAGUCAUGGGUUUUAUUAUAACUAUAUAUUGAUUACACAGACAAAAGGGAGAACAUCACAUGUAUUUAUUUACAGUAUUUAUAUUCCGCUCUUCUCACCCCAAAGGAGUCUCGGGGCAGAUUACAAUUAUAUAUAUGGCAAACAUUCAAUACCAUCAGACAAACAUCAUGCAGUAUAGACACACACAGAGGCAUUUAACAUUUCCAGCUUCACGAUUCCGGCCACAGGGGGAGCUGUUGCUUCACCGUCCACUAGUGACUGUACUUCCUCAUUCCUUUCCGCCAUGUUGCUGGCAGUUUUAUGGUGUUAUAAAUUAGUUAAAUUAGCCUCCCGCAUAAAGCAUAUCUUAAUUUCCUACUUGACAGAUGCAACUGUCUUUCAGGCGGCAUAGGACAAAGCAAGCCGGGCUAUUUAAUGGUCGGGAGCUUAACCCGACCUAGGCUUCAAACUCAUGACCUUUCUGUCAGUAGUGAUUUAUUGCAGCUGGUUACUAGCCCGGCCCUCUGAUGUACUCUGAUAUUCAUUCUUAGUCCAUUUAUUCAAUCAUCCAUACUCGCCACCCUUCUUCAUUCAGUUCAUCCGCUUCUUGGGAGGAAACGGCAGGUGUUCAGAUUCUGCAUUCCUCACAGAUCUGACACAUUUUCCAAUAGGAAAAGGGUCUCCUUACGUAGAAAUUUUGCUAUUGUUGUUUUGACAACUUGUCAUUCAGCUAAGACUUGCUGAAGCUCUAUCAAUUCUAGAACCAAUGUUUUUCUUAACGUAAGGAACCAUUGUUUCUGACGUCCUUCACGUAAGGAGUCAUUGUCUCUAUGUAAACAUGUGUUGUUUACACCAAAAGUUCCCAGGUCAGAUAUGUCAGUUCAGCAGUUUUCUCAUUCCAAAGUUAAUCAAAUCCUCACCUCCUUCAUACUACCAUUUUAAGGUUUCAAUCAUAAGAUGGUAUCUUCAGUCUUGCCAGGCCUUAAGCUAGAUCCCAAUCAUACAGUUUCAUUCAAUCCACUCAUCACAGUCAGUUUGGGCUAAAGGAGCAGACGCUGCAUACUGAGACGAACAAGUUCCCUCUGAAGUUUUCACUUUGGGGGUGAAACUGAACAUUUAUAAUAUAGCUAGCUUUGCCAGGCCAUGCGUUGCUGUGGCUUAUGGGAAUCCUUUGUUGGCCAGAUGGAAUAGCAGUGGAUAGCCUUGCAGUCUCAAAGCCUGGCCAUUUUCUGGAGUAGCUGGAGCUUUUUGUUGUAUGAACGUAGAGGCAUGGAUGAGGGAUUGUGCUGCCAAGUUUAGUGUUUCUGGGAUGUGUAGUUUUGUUGUUUUGUCCUAGGCCGAAAUUUCAUUACCCUUUUAUAUAUAUAGAUUGAAGCAACAAUUGCUACUAAUGGGUUUUAUGGAGAAUUUCCUGAAUUUUGAACUUCAUUUCUUAGCCCUAAGCCAUUUCUUAGCCCAUUUCUUAGCCCUAUAGCCCUAAAUAAAGUGCCCCAAUAGUUUUCACCAACAUUUAACAGACAUAUGGUGUGCAUUUCUAAUGACUUCUAAUUUUCACUAGCUCAUCCUUCAGCACUUUCUAACUUGGUGUACCGCCCGUGGCAUCUACACAGGACCUAAAUAUGCUCCAUCUGUCUCAGUUUGGCAGGAACACUUUCAAUGAAUUCUGUAUCUUCUCACUUUUUCAGCUGCUUUUGAAAUGUUCCAGCUUCUCUCCUAUCUGGCCAUUUCCUUUUCAUUCUCAGCUCAAUUCAAUCGCUGCAAAUUAAAUUGUUCGAAAGGAGUUUGUACUCCAUUCGGUCAUUGGGGGAAGAGACAGAAGUAAACGGCUGCAACCUCUCCUUAAUUGUCUGGUGGGUUCAUAUUUGGUUGGAAAUUUGUAUUGAAAGAGUCAAGUGGAAUGCCAUAGGGUUUUUUCAAUAUCUUUAUCAAAGGCUUAGCUCAAGCUCAUUUUCACCUAUGGCCACACCAGCCUUAUGGUUGCCUUCAAAGAUUGUUGAAUCUAUGGAUGGAGAAUCCAUGGAACAAAGGGCGAAUUAUUUUUACCUAGCGGUUGGUGUGCUUUUGUAUUUAUUUAUUUACAGUAUUUAUAUUCUGCCCUUCUCACCCCAAAGGGGACUCCGGGCAGAUCACCAUGCACAUAUACAUGACAAACAUUCAAUACCAUUAGACAUACGACAUAUAUAGACAGACACAGAGGCAAUUUAACAUUUCAGCUUCCGGCUUCAUGAGGGUAUGCUCGAUUCCGGCCACAGAAGGAGGUACCACUUCACUGUCCACUUGUGACACUGAGUCCUUGAUGGAGUACUUCCUCAUUCUUUCACACGCUGCAAGUUUUUAUGGCGUCGUAAAUUAGUUAAAUUAGCCUCCCCACAUAAAGUGGUACCUAACUUUCCUACUUGACAAAUGCAACUGUCUUUCGGGCUGCACAGGUCAAGCUAGACUAUUUUAUGAUCGGGAGCUCACUCCAACCCGGGCUGUCUUCGAACUCAUGACCAUUAGUGAUUUUUAACAGGAAAAAAACCCACACAACUUUGCUAGCAAGAAAAGUGUUAUGACUUUUAGAUGUUUCUCCAGAUGUUAUUAAAUGAGAACUCCCAUCACUUUUGACUAUCUGCCAUGUGGACUGGGGAUAAUGGGAAUUGCAACCCAACAGCACUUAUGGGUCUGAGGCUGGGGAAAGGUUGAAACACAUUUAAAGCCAAACAUCACACCCACAAGCCUUGCAUCUAAGUCCAAACCCCUCUCUUUUGAAUAAACAUUCAAAUUUCAAUUCUAUGGUCCUGAAAUGUCAUUUGAACUCUACAGUUUGCUCUUUUUUUAAAGAGCAACAUUAAUAAGGUAAACAGGAGAGGAAAAACACACAACUUUACUAGCAAGAAAAGUGUUAUGACUUUUAAUCUUGUAAUAGGGGAACAAAUGGGGAUAUGUGUUUGUUGUGUUACCGUUUGUUGUACAUUUAUAGGAACCAUCUAGCAGGAACUCCUUAAAGUAUAUUCAGAAAACUAUAAAAUGGUAAUGAAGGAACCGUAAGCCAGAAAACAGUAAACUUUUGCCUAUAUGGCUUUGCCUGUGCAUAUGCCUCUCCCUUCCUGUGAGCUGGUGCCUUUCUCCAGAAAGUUCCAAGACCAAAAGUUAGCUUGAAAUCAACAAGUGAGGUCACAGGUAUCACUUACGCCAAGUGGGUGUGGAAGGUGAGGAAAACCCUCAGCCAUUAGUCAAUUUUAGAUAAGCCAAAGGUAUAUAUUCUUUGUUUGCUACGACAUGCUUGGGCGACGGCAAUUUGCAUAGUACGGAUCCAUUGAGAUGGGUACCUACGGCUGUUCUGCCUUAUCAUCAGCUGUGAUAACAAUAAAAGGCUUGUUUUAUUGC